AUGGAGGGUGUGAUCAUUGAGCUGAGCCUGUUCACCGGUGUUGAGGUAAACGAAGUGAAAGAACUUGCCGUGAUCAAGGGCAGCACUCUAAUUAAAGAGCUCCAAAGUCCUUUCAUGCCUAUCAAAAGUGUGCAGACGAGCAUAGCGGUUGGAAACGGCAACACAGCCGGAGUCGUUCGUUAUUACAUUGGGGGUGGCCUGAGCGCUUACACACCCCUUUAUGGCUACAGUUCUGAGAAUAUCAUCGAAACACAGGUAGUGAACGCUAGAGGUGAUCUCUGA